CUCAACUAGAAUUGGGAAUCGAUGUUUGCAGUUGGACUCCAAUUUCAGGCAAUCCGGCAUGCUCGGUUGACCGCUCACCGUGCAAAUUCCUUGCUUCCCAAACUUGUAUAGGCUCCCCACUUCCCUCCGCGCGGAAGAAGAAGGCCACGAUCCCGACCACCGCGGCUGCGCCUUUUCUUCCACCUCCUCCCGUAGGCGUCCUUAUCCCGCGCUCCCUGGACGCCGCCGACGCGGAUCCGGUCUGGACCUGGGGGUUGAUUUCUUCUUGCCUUAGGUUUGUGAUCACAAGGUGCAAUGGAGCUCCCGGUUGCGGAUCCUGGACCAGAAAGAGGUGAAGGCCCGCUCCUCCAAUGCCCCUACUGCGAUUUGGAGGCAAUGCACAAGCUGGCACAGAUCCUGCUCCCUGGCCUGGCUGCGGUAUGCGUCGACAGUACAACAGGCGAUCUGUUCAGGAACCCAUCCGUUGUCGCCGUUGACCUGAGAAAGGAGAUGGUGGACUACGUCACGCAGAGGAGCAAGACAUUCAUUGCCGAUGCUCUAAUCGAAUCGGAGGUGAAUCAGGACCCUGAGAAUGAGAUGCCGGAGGACCCUUAUGAGAUCAUUUCCAUCUUUAUGGAUGAUUUCAGCAGCACGAAAAGGAACAUCAUUGGCCAUGUCUCUGGGUGGCUAUUGAGUGACAGCCGUGAGGAUAAGAUCGAUGACUUUGUGCAGGAAAUGGAGAUGACCCGCUUUUGGCCACUGGAGAGGAGGGAAGCUAUCGCCGAGGUCCUCCUCAAGAAUGUGGAUCUGAAGACCAAGUUCCACUGCCCUGAUAAAUAUGAAAACGAAGAGCGGCUUGUGGAUCAUAAGGAACAAUGCAGCUUCAGGCCUGUAACUUGCCGAAACGAUGGAUGCCGGGCGACAGUUUCUGUCCGUUGCAUGCAGGAUCAUGAUUCAGCUUGCCCGUUCAAAGUCCUUCUCUGCGAGCAGAAUUGCGAGAAGGGCCUCUUGAGGCGUGAUAUGGAUAGGCACUGUGUCACCGUCUGCCCCAUGAGGCCAAUGAAGUGCCCUUUCGGCUGUGAUUCCUCAUUCCCAGAGCGUAAUCUUGAGGAGCACUGUUUGGAGUUUCUUCAGCCGCAUUUGCUGAAGGUCCUUAAGGCAAUUCACAAGAAAGGACUUACAGCAGACGAGCUGAAGGAGCGUGCUCUACUGAUGGAAAAGGCUGAUGAUCAUGGUAAACUGGCUAAAGCUUGGGACACGAGAUCUCUUACUAAUGUUGUGAAGGAUCUUGAAGCGAAGAUGAAGGAUGACCGAUGGACUUAGAGCGAGGGGGUUUCUGUACGGCCAAAAUUCAAGAUGGAUAACGACUUGGUUUAGUUAAAGAAUUUGUUUCUACUCAACAGUAUACAGAGUUCUGCUUUAUUUGUUCUGUUGCAUCUCCUUUUAUUUCUUUUUUUUCUCACGAUCAAUUCAAACUUCAGUAUGUAUAUUUAAAUUUUAUUGUAUCCCUGCAAUUUUGUAUGAGUA